UCACUCACUAAUCAGUUACAGAUCGCCAAAGGCGAUUAGUCCCAUCCACCUUCCAGGGAGUCUUGACCAUCUGAUGAUAAACAAACUAAGCAGGCAGCAUGUGUGUUUAGUUACUGACCACUGCGUGAAUGACCUCUCUGUCCAGAGUUCCGGAUGUGUGCUUUAAAUUUCUAGCCAGUACUUCAACAUACCGUAGGCGUUCACGAAAACCGGAAGGAUUUGUUAUGCUUUAGUUGUCCAGGAUGGGAUAGCAGAUAAUGGACAAACCCGCCGUUACUUUAACGUGGCUCACCGUUCUUAUCGUCAACACCUACUCCUACCAUGUCCAGAAAGAGAGACCGGUGUACGUCGUGGGGCCCAGGAGGGGGAAUUAUUCUUCAUUAAAAUUCAACAGAACCAGACUGGACAUACGGAGCCUAUAUGGAAACAAAGAGAAAUACAGACAGCAGUAUCUUCAUGCUCCGACACACAGGAGAACGGAUAGGAACGUUUCAAUCGAAUGGGAUUAUACAGAUUUCAGUCUCCAGUUCAAAAACAUUCGUGGCCCCGCCUUCAAACUCAGGAGAGCUCCUCAUGCCACACAUGGGGAACCAUGGCCGCUACCCCAGCAUUACAAAACUAACAAAGAGAAAGUUUAUCUAAUAGAACAGCAUUCAUUUGAUAUCAAAGUAGAAAAUUAUUCUUGUGCUAUUUUAGAAAAAGCUAUACAACGUUUUAAAGAUGUUAUAUUUAAAUUUGCUUCCGAAGAAUUCUACGACAAUCUAAAAUUCUUGAAAAAUGGUGGUUUCAAUAAAGAAAUUUUAAAUAUGAGAAAAAUUCACGAAGAAGCCUCUUCUAUUACUUGGAUGGCAGUGGUGCUAAAAGAAACAUGCUCAAGUCAUCUCCAUGAGUCUUCCGACGAAUCAUAUUCACUACUAGUGAAGCCAUUCGGGGUCUUCCUGAGAGCCAAUGAUGUAUGGGGCGCCUUGAGAGGACUUGAGACGUUCAGCCAAUUAGUAUAUAAACGGCAGGAUAAGUUUUAUAUAAAAGAUACGGUGAUUGAGGACUUUCCCAGAUUUACACACCGGGGCAUCCUUAUUGAUUCAUCAAGACAUUUUAUUAAAAAGAGUGUCAUUUAUGAUGUAAUCGAUGGCAUGGUACAAAAUAAGAUGAACGUUCUACACUGGCACAUGGUAGAUGAUCAGUCAUUUCCGUACGUCAGCCGGACUUUUCCGAAUCUCUCCGACAAGGGCGCAUACCACCCAUCUUUAGUGUACAAACCGGAGGAUAUCACCGACAUCAUAGAAUACGCCCGGAUUCGAGCAGUAAGAGUCAUCCCUGAAUUUGAUACUCCCGGUCAUACGUUUUCCUGGGGAUUCGGCCAUCCGGAAAUCCUCACCCAAUGUUAUACGAAUUACAAACCUGUCCCUGGCUACCUAGGACCCAUGGAUCCCAGUAAAAACUACACGUUUGAAUUCCUCAAUAAACUAUUCCGCGAAAUAUUUGAUGUGUUUAAUGACCGUUCCAUUCAUCUAGGGGGUGAUGAAGUGCCUUUAAACUGCUGGACGUCUAACCCAGACGUAAAACAUUUACUCUCCUUGAUGGACGAUCGCUGGAACACGACUUCAAGGAUGAAGGAUCCGAUGGUGAAAGUCUGGAACUAUUUUAUAAACAGGUUCACUGACAAUCUUAAAAACAUAUCUCGGCAACAAGGCCGAGAAAAACGCUUCAUUAUGUGGGAGGAAGCAAUGCGGAAUAGAUUACAGAUCCCUAAAGACACGAUUAUCCAGAUCUGGUUGGGCGGCAUACGGGAGAUCCAACAAGCGAUAGACCGGGGUCACCAGGUCAUAUACAGCACGUGCUGGUACUUGGACUGGAUAGACCACGGAGUCCAUUGGCCAAAAUAUUACCGAUGUGACCCAAAUCCAAUGCGAACAGGUAAACAAGGAAGAGAGAAAAUGAUCCUUGGUGGAGAGGCCUGCCUGUGGAGCGAGUAUAUCACCAACGAAAACGCCAUCAGUCUGUUGUGGCCGAGAGCGUCCGCGGUGGCGGAGAGACUAUGGAGCAGCAGAAGUGUUACUGACGUACUGGCGGCGUCCGCUCGUUUACAGGAGCACAGGUGUCGCAUGCUCAGGCGUGGGCUAUCGGUAGGGUAUAUUAACGGUCCAGAGUACUGUGUGCCACCUUCAGCACCAAAGGAACACGAGGUAGAGAGGAAGGAUCAGGGGUCCGUCGCUGACUCCCCAGAGAACCAUAUCCACACCCUCCGUCUCCACUCCAAACCGGUCCUGUGGAUCAGCUGUACUAAUGAGCUGGAGACCGCCAGUCUGUUGAUUUCCUUAUUAGGAGUGAUCAUGGUGCUAAUGAUGUUUGGGUAUCGAAUCCGAAGUCUGAUGUUUCGGUUUAUAUAAACAUUGUUAUGGAUUUGUAUGAAAUGUUUAAAAUUUCGUUACUAUACAUCGAUUAAAUUUUAUAAAUAUUGAAA